UACUCAAUCUGGCAACCUCUCAACUCUCCCCGCCUAUCAAACGACCAUGAGCGCAGACUGAACUUCGACACAGCAUUUGACUUAAACUUUUAAUUUAUCGUCGAAUGUAUUAUUUAUAUUAUUGACAUUUGGCGUUCUCGUCAAGUAAUUCCAUCCUGACGAACAAUGACAGAAGUUAAAGUAAAAAAAGAGUCCACGGACCCUGUAGAUAUCGAGAAUAGGAUAAAAGAGUUGUGUCAGCAGUUUCCACAUGGGAUCACAGACCAGGUCAUCCAGAAUGACAUGCCUCAUGUUGAGGCGCAGCAGCGGGCCAUGGCCAUCAACAGACUGCUGUCUGUGGGUCAGUUAGACUUGCUCAAAAACAGCAAUGGCCUUUUAUACAGGCUCAAGGAUGCUCAGUCUGCAAGUAAAGUAAAAGGCUCUGAUACCCAAGAAAAGCUAGUUUACCAGAUCAUAGAAGAUGCUGGAAAUAAAGGAAUUUGGAGCAGAGACAUCCGAUACAAGAGUAACCUCCCACUCACAGAAAUCAAUAAAAUCCUCAAGAAUCUCGAGAGUAAGAAGCUCAUCAAAGCGGUGAAGUCUGUUGCGGCCUCUAAGAAGAAGGUCUACAUGCUGUAUAACCUGCAGCCGGACCGAUCUGUGACAGGAGGCGCCUGGUACAGCGAUCAGGAUUUUGAGUCGGAGUUUGUUGAGGUUCUCAACCAACAGUGCUUUAAGUUCCUGCAAAGUAAGGCUGAAGCAGCGAGAGACAGUAAGCAAAGCCCCAUGGUGCAAAGAAACAGCUCAUUUGCCACCUCUCAUGAAGUGUGGAAGUACAUCUGUGAGCUCGGCAUCAGCAAAGUGGAUUUAUCCAUGGAGGACAUUGAGACCAUUCUAAACACGCUGAUCUAUGAUGGCAAGGUGGAGAUGACUAUAAUCGCUGCUAAAGAGGGGACAGUGGGGUGUGUAGAUGGACAGAUGAAGCUCUACAGGGGUGUGAAUCCCAUAAUUCAACCCACCGGCCUGGUCAAAACACCAUGUGGACUGUGCCCGGUUUUUGAUGACUGUCAUGAAGGGGGCGAGAUCUCUCCAUCUAACUGUGUUUACAUGGCUGAGUGGCUGGAUUUCUGAAAAGCCAACCGGGUGUCUUUUGUUUUCUCUGUGGAGAAAGUAUUUUUCAUGCAGCGAUUCGAUGCAACUGAAGAUAUCUUUUUAUUUAUGUUUUGAACAUUAAUGGCUUUCAUUACUGGAGUAGAACAACAUUAAGUGAAUAAGAAGCAGCUUCCACCUGGUUGUCAGUGAAAUUGGACACAUAAGACUUAUCUUUUUCUUUUUUUGUUAUUGCUUCUCUUCACCCACAGAUAUGUCUUUAAAGAUGUACCAAAACCAUAUCGAUAAAUAAAGGUUUUCAUAUUUGUU